AUGCUGGGAGAGAAGGUUGGGGUUCAAGAGAUUCUUCUAUCAGAAGAUGGAAGAGCUGUGACAGUUAGAUACUGCUCACAUUCCAGAGGUCUGAAAGCAAACGAACGAGACUACGUAUGUGGAAGAGCUUUAUUACUUGCAGCAUAUAAUAGUCUUACGGAUAAACACCUGGCUGGAUAUUUUAACAAUACAAGGAUAAGGCGGCAUCUCUUGAGAUCAGGGCUGAUCACAAGAAAUGGAAGAAUACUUUCUGAAAAGGAAUACAAACUAAAUAUCAUGAAGAGGGAUCACCAAAAAUAUAUCCGGGAGUGCUUAGCCCAGGCUAUUUUCCAUAAGGUUCUUGAUAUGGAGCGUUACCAUCAGCUUGAAAUUAAAAAGAAACUGGAGACAUUAGCUAGGAAGGAGCGAAUUCAGAGAUUUAAGGGAGAGCACACAAGAUGGACUAUAGGAAAUAACAUGCCAAUCCUGUCUCCCCGCCCCCCAGUUGGCCCCAAGACUAACCAUGGCCAUAGUGUUCUGGUUGAUGAAGGACAUUACAGUCCAGUAACACUGACAGCCCCUCGACCAUACACUGCCCCAGGAAAUAUGCAGCCUCCAAUUCGAGUACAACCUCUACCCAGUAAUCCUGCAGUAGGAACUGCUCCAAAGGUAACUUCGGGGUCCAGAUCAAAAACCUCAUUGCUGGAAAAUGAAGCUCCAUUUCCCAUUGGGGGCAAGAAGGCAACGAUGAAGUUCAGGAACUCCAUGGACAAUUCACAGGGAAUGAAUCGAUAUCAAUUUCCGAAGAUUAACCGUUACAUGAUGCCUAUUCCUCCUCCACUUCCUCCCCCUAAUGGAAAAAUCACAAGGGAAAAUAGACCUGAAACAUGGAGAAGGAGAAGAGUUCGUCCAACCACUGCUCCAAAUGGCUUAGAACCUCUCUUUACCAGGGAUUCAAGAAGGAUUCACAAAACACCACUGCAUAGUAAUGCAGCUAUUACAAUGAUCUAUUUGGGGAAAAAUGUGCACCUAGCCUAUGAUCACUCAGAUUUCCGGGAUGAAAUAAAAGUUUAUCAGCAGCACUGUGGUGGGGAAAACCUAUGUGUCUACACAGGCAAACUACUUGAGAAAGAGACCUUUCAGUUUAUUUCCAAAAGGCACCAUGGUUUCCCCUUCAGUCUCACCUUUUUCCUGAACGGGAUACAGGUGAACAGGUUAAGUUCCUGCUGUGAAUAUAAGCAUCGAAAUGGUUCCAGACUUGGAGGCAAACGAGGCUACUUUGGGUUUGUGUGUGUUGAGAGAUCAUCUCCUUGCUACAAGUGCAUUAUUGCAAUGGGCCUUGACAAAAAAACAACUUCACCAAAACCUAGGAAGGAAAAGAGUAUUGAGAGAAGAGAGGGAUUGAUGAAGGGUGAAGGGAAACUGAGGAAGGAUAGAGAGUACCUGAUACCAAGAAGGAGAGAGAUGGAGGGGAGCAAAACCUCAGCUUCAGCCAUUUUUUCAGCUCAAGAACUACAUACAGGGAUCAGCGAAGUGAGAACUGCUGUCGAAGAAAUGGAACGUAAAGAAAAGCCGGGACAAGAAGUCUGGGAAGAUGACCAAGAAAACAUAUUUAAAUAUGAAUAUGAAGAAGAUUUUGAAGCAGAUGAGGAGAAACAAGAUGAGAAAGCUAAUGAAGGACAGGCUGAUGAUCAAAUGAAUGGAAUGCCAAAGUCACCCUCAGAUGAUGAAAAAGAUCUUUUAGACCCUGAAAAGGAGAGUGAAACCUCGUUGUGGAAGGCAUCAGAUGCUGAUGACAAUGUGAAAGAUGAGGUUGAUGGAUGCUCUGAGAAUGAAUUGGAAGAGGAUAAACAUGAUAUAAGAACUGCUUCAUCAACCUCAUCCAGAAGUCACCCAUAUUCUAGUUGCAGUGAAGAUGAAUCUGCACUGGGGGACAGGGAAGCCCACGCUGAAAACAGUCCAAAUGAAAGUGUCCGAAGUUCAUCUUCUCAGGAGUUGAGUGAAAAUGAUGAGCCAGGAAAAACCCACCUUCCAAUUGAGAAUUCUCUAGAAGUUGAAAUUGAUGACCAAGAAAUAAUAAAAGCAGAUGUGAAGACCAAGCCUCUGCCAAUAGAGGAAAACUUGGAGAAUGUUCUUGAAGAAGAAGCAGAGAAAGGAACCCGAGUGAUUGCAGAGGGCUUAUCUGAGAAGUCCAGGGAACAUGUUUCCAAGGAAGAAAAGGAAAAGAGUAAGAGUAACCUUUGGGAAGGAAGCGCUGCUAAGGUGAAGGACAAAAAGGCAGGUCCCCGUAGGGUGGAUAAAGGUGCACCGAACAGGAAUUUAGUGGUGGAGGAAAGGGCAGCACUCAGCUCAAACAAGGAAUCCAAGCAAGUUGCAUCAGAAGAGCAUAUACUGGAGAAGAAAGACGCAGUGGAGGAAGAUGAAGGUCCCCAACACAAGGAUGCUGACACAGAAGAAAAAGGGGAUGCAGCACCGUGGGGAAAAGCAGGGGUUCAUGAGGUUCCCUUGGGGCAGUGGAAGCCAACAGUAGAGCAGCCGGCAUUAGUAGGACAGUUUACAGAGGAAAGUAAUAUCCCUCAGGGCGUAGUAGGUGGGGCAGAGGCGGAAGCAGAAGGGGAUAGAAGGCCACAAAAAGAGGGGUUAGACCCCAGAGGACGAGAGGCAGCAAGAGAUUCUGGAGGUCUGAAUGAAGGCGAGGCUUCCGAGGAGCGGGCCCUGAAGCAAGCGGUGCAGGAGACGGAGACUGCAGCUUCUGGCGGGGAGCAGGGUGAGGGGAAGGCAGUGCUUACAAGCCAGGCAGCAGCCCUGAAGUCACAGAGCGCUCAGGACGCAGCGGCCCUGAGAGAGGCGGCGAGGCCGGAGGAGGGAGAGCCUGAGGGAGCGGCUGUGAGCGGGGCCGGGUCUGCACAGCCAGGUGUGGAGGACAGUGAGGGGGAAGCGUCCACAGACCUAGAGGACGUGGGACCCGGAGAGGACGCUACAUCCGAGAGAGAGGAGGGUUUAGAAGAGGCCAUACUGCGGGGAGAGGAGCCAGCCAGGGAGAGGGGGGCAGUUCUGGGAAGGGAAACGCCCUUGAGCUCCUCGACUUCUGUGAAGGCCCAGGCAACUCGGACGGGGGUGUUGGAGGACAGCCUUGAGGAACUUUGUAAGGACCCUGUGGAAAGGGAGGGGGUUGAGAUGGAGUCAGAGUGUAAGACGGAAGAUGAGAGGAAAGAAGUGUCACCUGAGGCAUUAGAUGCAGCGCGCGAGAGAAGGAAAGCUGAGAGGCCGAAGCCACCUCUGGGGGAAACCGAAUCCGAGAGGGAAGCGGUGACAAGGACAAAGGCGCUUCAGGAUGAAGACACUUUAGAAGAAGAGCAAAAGUUGAAAGAGGAAGAGGGGGAACCCAUGAAGGAAGUAAGACCCGAGGAAGAGACACAAGCCCCCCAAAAUGACACGGAGCAUGAUGCUGAGGAUGAAGCAGCCAUGCGGGCAUCUGAACUGACUGAAGACGCAGGGCCGCGAGGAGAGGCUUCACUGAGAGAGAGAGAGGUGACCAUGUCUGAAGCAUCCCCUGGAUUUGAAGAGUCCCUGGAAGACAUAACGGUUUGGGGGAAAGAAGGAGGAGGAAGACUGAGAGAAGCUGGAGACACAGGGCCCAGAGGCAGAGCAGAGCUGCUCGUCGGGGAGAACGUGGCCCCCGCAGAGCAGGAUGGGGGCCCGAGCCCUGCAGGAGGGGGGGUGUCAGGAGCUCCCGAAAGCGAGCCCUCGGGGAAGGCGCAGACACCCGGGGCUGCCGGCGAGGCCCGGGAGUGCGCAGCCAAAGAUCAAGCCAGCCUGAUGGGCUGGGAGGGGAGGGAUAAAGAAGGGCCUUUACAGGGGCCACAGGGAGUGGCUGUCCCAGCCAUGAUCCAAGAAGAUGCUCCCGAGGGAGACUCCACCGUGGCAGGAAAGUUGAGUGACGAAGUGAUGGAUGAGGACCCAGAGGAGGCGGCGGAGGAAGAGUGCACUCUGGGGGUAGGGCUGAUGAAGAGCGGGGACACCGAGGGGGACGGGAGCUUGCGGGCCGUGGCUGCAGCUGGGGAAGAUGGCCACCAAGGAGGAGGAGCGGCCGGACCAGCCGCAGAGCGGGAGGCGGCGGCAGGUUCAAAGCCAGCUGCGGGGCAAACAGAAGCACGUGAAGCCUCCUCCUUUUCAGAUGUGGCAGGGGAGGAAAGCUGGCACAGAGUGGGUGAGACACUAGGAGAAACGGCAGCUGCAGAGAAGGUGGCUGUCGAGGAAACAGCGCUGAGCGGGGAGGAGGUGCCCGCGGCCGAGGAGGUGACAGUGACUUGGGAGACGGAGGCUGCGGUCGAGGCUCCAGGGGAACCUUCUGACCUGGAAGGGAGGGCCCCACUGCCAGCGCCGGCUCUGGAAGGAGGGGAAGCUAAACCCACACAGGAGGUGGAGUCCGUGGGAGAGGAGGCAGGGACUCGGAGCCAUGAGGAGGGGCAGGAGUCGGGGGCAGCUGAAGAAUUCAGACUGGGAUUAUCCCAAGAGAGAGGGUCAGAGCCCAGGACAGAGAGUGCACGGGACGCAGGAACACUCCCUGGAAAGCCCGAUUGCACUGGGACCCAAGAGAAGCAAGAGCAUUCAGUGCACAGAGGAAGUGAAGACCCAGAUGUUUCGCUGAACCACAGGAAGGUCUAA